ACACACACACCCUCUCUCACCUCCAACACACACUCUUCACUCAACUCUAAAUUAGGGCUAAUGGGGAGGCCUCCUUGCUGCGACAAAAUCGGUGUCAAGAAAGGCUCUUGGACUCCUGAAGAAGACAUCAUCCUUGUUUCCUAUGUUCAAGAACACGGCCCAGGAAAUUGGAGAGCUGUUCCUGCUACUACAGGUUUGAGGAGAUGUAGCAAGAGUUGCAGGCUUAGGUGGACUAACUACCUCCGCCCGGGGAUUAAAAGAGGAAGCUUCACUCUUCAAGAAGAGAAGAUGAUUAUUCAACUCCAAGCCCUUUUAGGAAACAAAUGGGCUGCGAUCGCGUCGUAUCUCCCAGAGAGAACAGACAACGACAUCAAGAACUACUGGAACACGCAUUUGAAGAAGAAGCUCAAGAAGCUACAAAGCGCUUCAAUCGUUGAAACCGACUCGAAAUCACACUCGAUUUCGAGGGGGCAGUGGGAGAAGAGGCUUCAAGACAAUAUCACCACAGCCAAACAAGCCCUUCGCGACGCGUUGUCGUCUGAGAACACCGCGGAGUCUCCCUCCUCCGCGGCCGUGUACGCCUCCAGCACGGAGAACAUAGCUAGGUUGCUCAAGAACUGGGUUAAAACCGAGCCGAACGAGUCCAAAUGCUCGAGCAAUGUUUCAACGACUAUCGAUUCGGUGUGUAGCAAGGAAGAGGAGAGCACUGGGAUGGAUAUGAACGGAGCUUUUGAGUCCAUUUUCGGGUUGGAGAGUCUAGAAGCUUCGAAUUCCGAUGAGUUUUCGAGAUCUGCUUCGCCUUUGGUUGCGAAUUGUGAGAUCAAACAAGAAGAGAAUUCAACUUCUUUGUCAGUGUUGGAGAAUUGGCUGCUUGAUUUUGAGAUGAAGGAUUAUUUGACUGAUGUCUCGUUUGAUGAGAAUUUAGUUUAGUUUUUGGGUUUACAGAAAUAUUUAUUUGGAGGUGGAAUUUUUUAUUCUUGGUUAUUUCUAACACUAAGGAUUUGUUUUUCAUUUGUUGGGUUAAAUUAAAUCAUCUCUUCUGAUUUAGUUGUUUUACUAUAUCGAUGUAUAUAUUCUGUGCCCUUUAUUUGUGUUCAUUUCAUUAAAUGAAAGUAAGGUCCUAUCUAUUUCUUGCAA